AUGGCCACAUUAAGAACACUUUCCCUUAAAUCACCGUUAUUUUUAUCUAUCAUUAAACCCUUAAUAUACAUUUUAUUCCUUUUUAUUGGUACUGGAUUUUGUCACGUGGUUGAGCCUACCAAAGAUGUGUCACCCAUAGUAUCAUUUCCAAAAUCACACACUUGCGGGGUUAGUAAAUCCACUCAAUUAAAUAAGUUUUUUCAAGAUCAAACAAUCGAUGUUGUAUGGUCAAAUGACUCUCCGGGAGAAUGUUCCAUUUAUCUAUCGUCUACUGGUGAAGGAACUGACUUUCAAAUGAUCAAAUCCUUUCCAAAUUGUGGAAAAGAUUUUCAUUCAUCUAUAACCUUACCCAAUGUUGUCACUAGAAAUGGCAUUUUGCGCUUCCAGUGGUCGCCUGAGUCAACGGGUAACACAGUUACAAGUUGUGCUGAUGUUUCUAUAUCUUCUGCUCAAAAUGUCAAAAAACAAAAGCGCAAACGAAAUAACGUGAAAAGGAUCCCUAGCGAAAAUAUUGAGAAACGCGAUUGGUGGGGUGGUUGGUGGAAACGUUCCGCUGAACCUGAGCUCGAAAAACGUGACUGGUGGGGUGGUUGGUGGAAACGUUCCUCUGAACCUGAGCUCGAAAAACGUGACUGGUGGGGUGGUUGGUGGAAACGUUCUGCAUCCCCUGAAUCUGUGCCUGAACUUAAGAAACGCGAUUGGUGGGGUGGUUGGUGGAAACGUUCUGCAUCCCCUGAAUCUGAAUCUCUUGAAAAACGUGACUGGUGGGGUGGUUGGUGGAAACGUUCUGCAUCCCCUGAAUCUGAAUCUCUUGAAAAACGUGACUGGUGGGGUGGUUGGUGGAAACGUUCUGCAUCCCCUGAAUCUGAAUCUCUCGAAAAAC